GCAACGUUUUCGGUUUGGGGAGUCGGUGACGCUGCCGCAGCUUUCAAUUUGAACGUCAAGACUUUUAAACUUUACAGAAAAGUUGUUGUAUUUUAAUGUUUUCACACGAGUGAGGCACGUUUUUCCUCAUACGUCAUGGAGGGUACAGUCAUUGGACCGGGUCCGUACCGGGCGACGAAGCUGUGGAAUGAAACCAUUAAACUCUUCCGUUUGGGAAUGCCACUCAGAAGACACUGGGCAAACUUCCGCUACUAUGACAGCAGUUUCACAGGAUCUGAGGCUGUAGAUUACUUGCAUGAGCUUCUGAGGCGCAACUACAACUUUGGGCCUGACGUGACUCGCUACCAAACCCUGCAGCUGCUUAAGAAGUUCCUCAAGGCACACGCCAUAGAAGAUAUCAAGGGACGUCAUGGGACAGAGGAUUUUGAAGACAAUGGCCAGCUGUACAGGUUUCCCACACUAUCUCCUCUGAAGUCUCUUCCAACAAGGCCUCUUUUGAGAGACAGCAGUGACCUGCCCAGACUCAUCCGUUGGGAUGACUAUGAAGAACUGCCUCAGCAGGAAAACAUUGCACCCCAUAAAUCGGCUGUCAUGGCUUCAGAUUUGUGGAAUAAAAGACACAGUGUAGCUAUUGGAGAUGUGCAUGAGUGCAAGCUCAUACGGAGGAAGGAGAUUACUACAAAACAAGUGGACCACAUUUGGAAAUCGAUGACAGUUGCACAUUUACAGAGAGUGCUGGGCCUGAAGUCAUUGGAUGGAGUGUUAAACCCCGCACAUGUGAACGGCAAGCACAUUGUUCACAACGUGUUCAGUGUUAAUAAGACGGGCAUAGUCGUACUGGAGAACAAAGCUGAUGACCUGCCCUAUUGGGUGGUAUCAGCAAUGAAAUGUCUUGCCAACUGGCCUAAUGGCAGUGACAGCAAACAGCCAGUGUACCUGGGUUUUGAGAGAGAUGUUCUGAAAACAGUAGCAGAUUAUUUUCAAAGACUCAAAGAACCUCUUCUGACUUUCCAUCUAUAUGAGGUCUUUGUCAACAUUCUUAGUCUGCUGCAGGAGGAGGAGGUGACCACUGAAGCUCUUCAAAUCAGCAGUCUGUUGCUGCCACCGCCCAACCGAAGACGCCUCCAGCUUUUAAUGCGUCUCAUGGCGCGGGUCUGCCAGAAUCCCCACCUGCCUCCUCUCAAUGACACCAUUACUACCCGCACACUGAUGCUGCAGAUGUUCUCUCAUUGCGUUCUGGGCUCGGUAGAUGAGAUGGACUUGGACGAGCUGCUGGCCACCAAACUGGUGACGUUCAUGAUGGAUCACCACAACACCAUCUUCCAAGUGCCCUCCAAGCUGCGUUGCCAGGUUGAGGAGCAUAUGUCCCAUCUCAAGAGAGUUCAGAUCAAAUAUGCGGGUUCAGACACAGACUUUAGCGCUUCUCCAGCUUUUUGUAAACAGAUCAGGAGGGUAGAGUCUGAGGAGCAGAAAGUGAUUGGUACACAGACCCCCAUACAGGAGCUGCUGGAGGGUCUGAUUGCAGACAAAGAACUUCCCGCCAAGGAUAAAAGAAAAAGGCUUAAACAGUUUCAGAGGUUGUACCCAGAAGUCUACCACAAUCGAUUUCCUACCGAGGAAAGCAAAGCAGCCGUCAUACCUGAGAAACCCCCUCGACCCAAACCUCCGCUUAUGUUCUUCAACCUCAAGAAAUCUUUCCAGCCUUUCCAGAGAAGCUGGAGUUUUAGGGCAUGAUCUGCCUCCAUCGACAAGUCUGAAAAUCAGGCCGUGCUCACAUCUCAACCUCGGGGUCUUCUCACAGGGAGCGAUAUCACUGACAAGGUGCACUGUUCAGAUUUGGUACCACUACGUUUUGAAUUUGUAGCACUAUAACUAGGUAAUGUUUUCACACCUAAUUUUUAUUCGUGUGGUUGUAGUUGUGGAAUAUUGCCAUCUAUGACUAACUUCAAACAUAUAUACAUUCAGGGCAUUUCCAGAUUUCUACUGAUUGUUGCCAGAAAACUUGAACAAAUGAUAUAGUCACAAAAUAAAUGAACCACUCAUGUUUCUUAAAAAGAGAACUGCGACGAUAGAAAGAAAAAGGGACGAAACAAGUUAUUUACAAAACUAUAACUAGAUUCACCGUAUUCAGAAGAGCUAAGAAGUCAAAAUGUAUAAAACAAGCAAUGACACAGCACUGUUAGAUAUUAAGAUAACCUCAAACAUUGCAUCUUGCAUUUCCAAGUAUUAGAUGUUAAACAUAUCUUCUUUAAACCUGGCAAUGUUGCUGUGGCAAUUUUUUUAAGUGUUAGGUUUUUCUAACAAAGUGUUUUUUUUUUUUUAAAUGCUGUUAACGUUGAGGUGUUUUUUGUGAAUUGUGUUUAAUUUCAUUUGCAUUUUGUCACACAGCCACUGUGUUGAAAGUCAGAAUUUAAUGUAGCUAAGUUGAAUGAAUGCAUUUCAAGUCUAAGGGGUGAUUUAUUUUAACGUUUUAGCUUGUGAUAUAUUAAUGAUCAAAGUGUAUCAUGCUCUUAGAUUCAUAUUAAUACAGUUUUAUUGUAUGUUAUGCUGUACUGCAGCCACAGUGUUGCCUCUGAAUGACCUUUGACCAUGUCAUUUAAUGAGCGUGACUCCUGUGAUGCAAACGUGGAAGGGUCAUUAUGGCGCAGAAAGCACAAAUGCAUGUUUGUGUCUGUCGGGUUAAUGGUUACUUAAUGUCGCUGAACAUAUCAAGGGUUUGCCCCAGAAAGGGAGUGGCUGUGACGUGUUACUUAAAUGAGAAGUGUUAGUUGCAACUCUGUGGAGAAAAUUACAUUUACAACAAUGACAUCAAUCAUAACAAAAUACGUAAAAAAUGUAUAGCUGUUGAGAUGUCCUGAUACCAAAUCUCAGACAAGGGAAUAAGCAAGCUGUCACCAUCCUCUCUUCAUUAACCCUCCCUGUACUUUACUUGAUUACUACAUGUGCACUCUACUCUCAUUUCACAUUUUUAUUUGUCAGUUUUAUUCUGUAUAUAAGAACUAUUCUCUUGAUUGGUACAUAUUUCUCUGAUAUUUUCAAUGUUUUGUCGUAAUUUUUCUGUUUCUUUUUCUGUCACGUCCAAUCGUGUGUUUUGUUUUUAAUAAUUUUAAACGUAUUGUUUCUGCCUAAAGGCCACUCAUUUCUGUUUCUUCAUCAAUGCUGUUGAACAAAUACAAUGAUGCUGGAAUAACUGUUACACUUGAAUUGCUGCUGUGCUGGAAAAAAGAAAGAUCAGGAGAAAAGAGUUAACACACUGAUGCUGAUUUUCAUAUUAAAAAAAAAUGAUCUGCAAUUAGAAAAUGUGUGUCUGUGAAA